CGUAAAGCUUGUGCAACAUGGCGACUCUCCGAAGAGACUACGGAGAGUGGAGAUACAACCGCUUUUAAACCAGAAAAUCCAUAUAUUUUUGCCUCGUACAAUGUGGUGGGUUUAGCCCAAGCUACGAUACCCACAACAUUGUAAACGAUGUUUGCAGAGGCCAGUCUGUCUGUGUGGGGAUGGGGGGGUCUAGGAGUGGUGCUGUUCCUCAUCACUUUCGGACCCUUCGCUAUCUUCUACCUGGCCUUCUAUAUCUGCUGCGUUGUAGGAGGUGGUUUUGCGGUCACUCUGUUGUUUGGGAAGACUAACUCAGAGAGACAUCUAGAGAAGUGUGAACACUCCUACCUGCCGGCCACGCAAACGGGUAUACUGAAGACAUUGGAUGAGAUGAGGUUGGCUCCGAAGCCUAUAAAGAUAGACAGAAGACUGACUGGCUCCAACUACAUAGACGAGCCUCUGCAACAGGUCAUCCAGUUUGCAUUGAGAGAUUAUAUUCAGUAUUGGUAUUACACUCUGAGUGAGGAUGAGUCUUUCCUGCUGGAAAUCAGACAGACUGUCCAGAACGCUUUGGUCCAGUUCUCUACACGGUCUAAAGACGUGGACUGGCAGCCUUAUUUCACCACCAGACUGGUGGAUGACUUCGCUACUCACCUCCGAGUCUUCAGAAAGGCCCAGGACAGACUGGAGCGCAGGGAUGACAAUAAACAGAGGGAAUUGUCGGAGGAGAUGGUGGAGUCAUUCUUUGAGGCGGAGGUAGAGAUGGAGAGGAACAUCUGUAGAGACGUGGUCUGCACCUCCCUGAAGGAUGAAGAAGGGUUCCUGAGGGAUCUGUGUGAGGUGCUGCUCUACCUCUUACUACCUCCUGGAGACUUCCACAACAAGAACAUGAGAUACUUCCUCAGGGAGAUUCUGGCGCGAGGCGUUCUCCUUCCCCUGGUCAACCAGCUGAGUGAUCCUGAUUACAUCAACCAGUUUGUUAUCUGGAUGAUCCGGGACUCUAGCUGUAACUACGAGGCGUUUAUGAACAUCUUGAAGCUGACAGACAGAGUGUCUGAGCUGGAGGCUGUUAAAGACAAGGCCCUGGAGGAACUGCAGUACCUACGAUCACUGGACACAGCAGGAGACGAUAUCAAUGUGAUAAAGAAUCAGAUCAACAGUCUGUUGUUUGUGAAGAAGGUCUGUGAGACCAGGAUACAGAGGCUGAAGUCUGGGAAGGAGGUGGAUGCGCUGAAACUAGCUGCUAACUUUGGCAAGCUGUGCAUCAUACCGCUGGAACACAUCCUUGUACACAACAUCGCCCUGCAGUUCUUUAUGGACUACAUGCAGGCGGCUGGGGCCCAGGCAGAGCUGUUCUUCUGGCUGACAGUGGAGGGCUACAGAGUAACAGCCCAGCAACAACUAGAGGUGAUGGAGGGAUGGCAGAAGGAUGGAAAGAAGGGAGGAUCCACUAAAGGACUGCUGAAGGCUGCAGCACUAGGGGUCUAUGAACAGUACCUGUCUGAUAAGGCGUCCCCCAGGGUGCAGGUAGAUGAGAUGUCUGUAGUCAAACUGAGAGAGAAGCUACAGAAGGACGGCGACCCCACGCCAGAGAUAUUCGACGACAUCCAGAGAAAGGUGUAUGACAUGAUGCUUCGUGAUGAGAGGUACUACCCGUCGUUCAGACAGAGUCCCCUCUACAUCAGGAUGUUAGCUGAACUGGACAUGCUCAAAGAACCCUCUUAUAGAGGAUCAGAUGACGGAGAUGGAGAAUCGUUCAAUGGUUCUCCAACAGGAAGCAUUAAUCUAUCUCUGGAUGACCUUUCGAAUUCCUGCAAUGACGACAAUAUACAGCUACACGCCUUCAUCUCUGAUACAGGGGUGUGUAACGACCACGGCAAGACCUACGCCCUCUACGCCAUCACCGUGUGCCGCCGUAACCACGACGGCAGCGAGGACUCCUGGAAAACCUACCGCCGCUACUCUGACUUCCACGACUUCCAUAUGAGGAUCACGGAGCAGGUAAAGUUUGAGAACUUGACGUCGAUCCUGAAGCUGCCGGGGAAGAAGACGUUCAACAACAUGGACAGAGACUUCCUGGAGAAGAGAAAAAAAGACCUGAACGCAUACCUACAGCUGCUGCUGAAUCCAGAGAUGGUGAAGGCCUGUCCUACUCUGGUCCCCUAUGUCUACGACUUCCUGGAGAAUAAGCAGUACAGCAAGGGCAAGGGAGACUUCGCACGCAAGAUGGAUACGUUUGUGAACCCGCUGCGUAGCUCGAUGCGUAACGUGUCCAACGCAGUGAAGAGACUGCCAGACAGUCUGGCUGAAGGGAUGAACACUGCUGCUGACAACAUGGGACGCAUGUCAGAGAAACUGGGACAGGACAUCAAACAGUCCAUGUUCAAGGUGCCUCCACUGCUCCCCAAGUCUGACAUUGACCCAGAGCACUGCCGAGUCUCGGCCCAGCUGGACGACAAUGUGGAUGAUAACAUCCCCCUGCGUGUGAUGCUGCUGCUGAUGGAUGAGGUGUUUGACCUGAAGGAGAGGAACCAGUGGCUCCGCAGGAACAUCAAGAACCUUCUGCAGCAACUCAUCAGAGCCACAUACGGAGACACUAUCAACAGGAAGAUUGUUGAUCAUGUGGACUUCAUGACAGCUCCAGAACAGGUGGCAGACUACGUAAAGAAGUUCAGGGAUUCAUACUGGCCCAAUGGAAUCCUAGCAGAGUCUCCACCCCGCCGGGACAAGAACAUCCGCAUGAGGACACGGGUCGCCGCCAAGACCAACCUAUUGGGAAUCAUGCCAGAUGAGUUGAAGCACAUCAUCGGGGCGGAUACGACUCGUAAAGGCAUCCUUCGUGUGUUUGACAUGUUCCAACAUGGACCAAUGAAUCGUCGGCUGGUCUACGUGCUCCUAGAAGGGUUCCUGGAGACCAUGUUCCCUCAGUACAAGUUCCCAGAGCUGUUUGUCAAACUGCACUCCCGUUCGCCACGCACAGCCAGAUACACACAGAAACUCAAGAGCACCUCCCUGAAGAGGUGACAGGAGACUGGGAUUGGGCAGGGUAUAGGGUGACACUACGUGAGUGAACAGAGGGAAGAGGGGAGGGGAGUAGUGGGGAGGGUGUGUGAAGAGGUCAACGUGUGUGUAUGUGUGCUGGUGAGA